AUGACAGAAGUGACCUUGACCGAGGGCGUGAGCAAGGUGAAGGCACAAGGCAUGGGCGUGCACAAGCCGGAGGAGAUCGAAGGAAAGGGACACAGGGACAUCCAAGUGCUGUCCGACUUACUUGCUGACAAGGAAUUCUUCUUUGGGACCGAGCCGGCCUUGCUGGACGUUGUGGCAUUCAGCGUGUUGUCCCAGUUCGUUUGCUUCGACCCGGAGGUUGAAUUCCCGCUGCGCACCUGGAUUGAACAGAACACUCCGAAUGUCAUCUCAUUCGUUGACCGCAUGAAAGAAAAAUGCUUCCCCGACUGGGAGGAUAUGCUAAAGAACUUGGACUUGAACUCCCACUUGCCGAAGGAGAAGAAGGAGGAGCCGGCAGAAGAGAAGACCGAUGAGAAGAAGGAAGCCCCCGAGAAGACCGAGGAAGUCAAGGAGGAAGCCAAGGUCAACGGUGAGAAGGAGGAGAAGAAGGCGGAAUAACGGGCUUCUCUGGGCUUAACAGGGAAUUGGAAGGUGGAAUUUUCGGAGGAGAAAUGGGAGAUUUUCAUUAUAGUCUGCAAGGAGGAUGAGAGGCUGACGGGAGGAUUCUUCACCAAUGAAUGACGUGUGUACGAUGGUUCGCUCUUCGUGCAACUUUCGAACUGCUGACUUUCUUUUUUUAAACCGUAGUGCUGCAAAGACCGCGCUGCAAAUCAAUUUAAAUCUAUUUCUGACAAACACGCUAGGCCGUUAUUUAUGACACCUUUUUUUUUUUUUUUGUGACUCGGAAGCGAAAGUUGCUUGAACUUGACGAAAUUUGAGGGGCUGCAGGGAAGAUGUUGUGCAAAAUUUUAGGGGAGAAGACCAUCGUAUGUUUUUUUUUUUGUGUGUGUAAAUGCUGGAAAAUAUUUGUACAGUUUGGACGAGUCCGGCUUUUUUUUUCUCCGUUCGGUCCCUGCUUUCUGUUUCCUGCUUGUUAUUUUGAAUUUAUUUUUGGUACUUGAGGUUAGUUCGAGUUUUGCUUUUUGAAUUUUGGCUUGUGUGGUAUCUCGGAUGUGUUUGUUUUUUGUUUUGUUUCGUACGCGCUUGGAUUGACUUCGAAAUCUUUUGCCUCUGGUCGCAUACCCAUGGAAGCAAAACUUAAAAGUACAAUGCCCUGAUUUUUGACUACAGCCGAGGAAGGGGUCGCUGUGAUGGGGUCGACUAGGCGAGGGUAUAGGGAAAAUCUGGGUCUGGAGACGAGUGGUUGAAUCAAAAAUGAGAGGGAAUAUCCGAAGCUUCUUAGUUUUUCGGCGUUGCUCAAAGGUGAAUAAGCUCUCUUCGAUUGAUUUUAGCUCCUAGACAGCGCCGCACUCUUCACGCUAAUCAGAACUGGUGAAAUGAUAGCUUCGAAAGUAGGCGAGAUUUUCGCAGGCGCUUUCAAGGCUCACGAUGCUCUAAAUCCAGCCCGAAAGGUCCGGAUAAGACUGCCACAUAGAAUCUAUCUAUAUUCAAGGGAAUAUUUGCAUGAAUAAGCUUUUUGAGGAAGAAAUUUUACUCUCCUUUUCCGCUGUAUUUUUGCUAUUGCUUACUCGACGUAUCUUUUGUAACUUGGGUACCCCUUUUUUAUUCGCUUAUACCAUAGGUUUCGCGAAACUUGAUAUUUCGGCUUCCAUAGGAUCCUUUGCGGACUUCUUCGAUCACUCCGCGACGAGGUUUGCUGCAAGAAGUUAGGGGCCCGGAUUUUUAUCGAUUUGUAUUUUAUUUGGCUUACUGUUAUCGAUAUUCUAUUCGUGGCUAGUUAUCGCAACGUAUGAUUUCUUUGUGGGCGAGAACUGCUUUGAAUGUCGGCUUCUAUGGAGAACUUCUGAGUUAGAAUCAAUGCUAAACGCGUUUGAAGUAAAUGCUGCGGUUGAUCCUAUGGUUUUUCAGUGUAUUGCGUUCUUGAAUAAAUGUAUGGAAAUCUCUA